CACACUACCAUCGCCACCGCAUCUCCCGCGUUCAUUUCUCCCCCUCCUCCCUCUUCCUCGGCGUCAGAAGUGCAGUCGAGCUUGAACGCCGAUUCCCGCUCCUCCCCGCUCCCUGUUCCUCUCUCAGACCAGAAGGAACACAUAAAGAAGAAAGAUUUGUUGGAGGAAUGGGAAGAGAGCCAGCUGAGAGGUAAAGAAUAUAACAGAUUAGAAGACAAAGGAGAAUAAUGGCGAAAAUUCAAGAAAGAACCUUCAAACCAGUAAUAUUCAUGGAGGUCAACCUUAUUGUGUUGUUGCAUAUCUUCACAUUAUACUUCAUCAGAUAUGGAUACUGCUGCAGUCCCAAGUUUGUACCCAUUACACCGAUGUAAAACACUACAUCUGGUUAGGCACGGGCAAGGAUUCCACAAUGUGGCUGGAGAAAAAGAUUUUAAAGCGUAUAUGUCCGAAGAAUUUUUUGAUGCUAAUCUUACUCCUUUAGGUUGGGAGCAGGUUGAUAAUCUACGGAAGCAUAUACGUACAUCUGGGCUUGUGUCUAAGAUUGACUUGGUCAUAACCUCUCCACUGCUACGGACAAUUCAAACUGCUGUGGGGGUUUUUGGUGGGGAAGAAUACGUGGAUGGGGUGCAGGCACCUCCUUUGAUGGUUUCUAAUGCUGGGAACAGUAAUCAUGCUGCGAUAUCAAGUUUAAGUUGCCCACCUUUUGUUGCAGUUGAACUGUGUCGAGAGCAUUUGGGAGUUCAUCCAUGCGAUAGAAGGCAGAAAAUAAGUGAUUAUCAAGCACUUUUCCCAGCCAUUGACUUUUCACUGAUAGAAAAUGAUGAUGACAUCCUAUGGAAGCCUGAUAUUAGAGAGCCAACUGAAGAAGUUGCUAAUAGGGGAAAAAAAUUUAUUAAUUGGUUGUGGACAAGGAAGGAAAAGGAGAUUGCUGUUGUCACUCAUAGUGGCUUUCUGGUGCACACCUUGAGAAUGUUUGGGAAUGAUUGUGAUCCAAUUGUUAAAGAAGAAAUAAGUAGACCGUUUGCAAAUUGUGAACUUCGAUCAUUGGUUGUCGUAGAUAGACAUGGAUCCUUGUCGGGUUACCGGAGCACAAAUUUUCCAGGAAAGAUUCCUCGCGGUCCUGAUGUUCCAAGUGAUUUUGCACAUAUGGAUAAGGCAGAGGAUGGGAAGUUUUAGGAUUCCUUUUUGAUCAAGGAUUAUUGCCUUCCUGGUAAUUGAAGGUAGUCACUUGGUUUUCCAUUGUCAGUUUGUAUGAUUGUGGACUUGGCCUAGUUGUGGUGCAAUUGCUCAUACAUUCUACUAAAAUACGCCAAAUUUGUGGCAUGGAUUCCCAUUUUUCAGAUGGUUCUUGUCUUUUUUCCAUUAUAAAUUUCGUAUGUUCUGUUUGAUGGACCUUUUUUUUAGAAAGAAUGAUGGCAUCUAGCAUGUUUUCACGUUA